AUGCAGGAGUCGAGUAACAGGAUACUGCCUAUUCAGCGCAAAAAGGCCACUGCUAUCAGUGUGCUAGCCGUACCACACGUGCAUGCCAUGGUUUCUCCCAGAAGACCCCUUUUCAAGGUGCCCACUCAGACCCUGGGAUGUCUUUUCAGGGGCUGCACUCAUGUCCCUCGGAGUACCUCGUACUUCUACUCCUCCAAUCGCCGCUUAUACAGUUCCCCGGCAGUGAAGCCUCUUCGUAUCCUUUUCUGCGGUUCUGAUGAUGUCAGCGCCGCGUCUCUCCAGGCACUUUACGAUGAACAAAAACGCGAUCCUUCAUCAAUAGCCUCCAUCGACAUCCUUUGCCGGCCUGGAAAGCCAUAUGGCCGGGGUCUCAAAAAAAUUCGUGAAGUGCCGCUAAAGGCCACCGCACAGAGCUUAGGUUUAAGAACCCAUAUGCGAGAUACUUUCACGGGCUGGGAUCUCCCACAAGUUGAUGGUGAAUCUAUUAAUCUCAUAAUAGCCGUCUCAUUUGGCCUCUUUAUUCCACCGCGAGUGCUUAACAGUACUGAAUAUGACGGGUUGAACCUCCAUCUAUCUCUGCUGCCUGAUCUACGUGGGCCAUCCCCGGUUCAUUAUGCGGUUUUGAAUGGCUACAAGCAAACAGGCGUAACUCUCCAAACUCUCUCGCCGAUAGAUUUCGACCAUGGGAAAAUUCUACUUCAAGCGCCAGUCUCUAUACUGGACCCUGAGAAAAUUACCCGCGGUGCGCUUCAGGACAUUUUGAUUCCUAUUAGCGCAGAACUCCUUGUCCGCGGGCUGCGAGAAAAGGUAUACUUACCUCAAACGAUGCCGGUAGAGCCCAUCCUGCCAGAGAAUAAAAUCUUGGCACUUGCGCCGAAGAUAAAACCAGAGAAUAGGCGAUUGCUUUCGAAGAUGAUGGCAGAAGACAUGGCGCGCAUGGACAGGGCGUUUGGCAGGGUCUGGGUAGGCAUUAAGCUUUCGGAUGGCAGUCGGAAAAGAGUUAUCUUGGAAGGACUAGAAACAACCCCGAUGCCAGCAGAGAUGAGCGAUUUUUACGCCACCCAUGAAGACAAUAUGGGCAUCUUUAAGCCACUUACCAUCGUAGAAGAUGAUGGCGAAACAAGAGAAGGGACCAUAGUGCCGAUGAUGAAGGCCCCAGAUGGCCACAGCAUUAUUAUCCCUGCCAAAGGAGGCAGAGCAUUGUUGAUUCGUAAUGCGACAAUAGAUGGUUCUAAAAAGAACAAGGCAGCGGUUGCUUUGUAUGGGAAAAGUUUGGAGAGGGGUAGUGAUGGGAGCUGGUUCGACGGCACGGGUGAGCUGAUUUACUGGGAUGCUUUCAGUGGCAUCUGGGAUAUAGUCAAUCACUAG